AUGAAGUUUGCUCAUAUCAUUUUAUUUUACUUCACCAGUGUUACGUUCCAGGUAUUUUUGGCGUAUCGCACGGAGCACUGCAAGGAGCUGAAGAAAGGCUACAGUCAAUAUUUUGGAACACCAAUCAACAAGAAGCUGGUGAAUACUGUCUGCACGUGUCUGUAUAGUUGCUUGUAUACGCGUUAAAGCUCACAAAUUCAACCGAGUUAGCAAACAAUAAACUCUUGGUCUUAAACCUCGACAAACAGAACAUGUGAAGUGCUUUUACUCUGAUCAUGUUCAUAGCUUAGGGUGGAUGAUUGAAGUGUUGUCAUUUACUGGAACGAAACUUUACUCUCAACUCCCCUCUCCACCGAGAAGGAUUGAUAAGAAUCAACCUUUUGCCCCCCCCCCCAAGAUUGACUGACAUCUAACUUCUCCUUACAAUAUCACCUAUGAAUCACACAUGGAGGUCAUGAGAAUAGAGGAAAUAUUCAGCCACCGAAAAAGUUCUUGACUGUUUAAGAAAUUCUCCUUGUCAGUAUCUUUGGAAAUGUACAUAGAACAGUAUGAAGAAUAUGGAUACUGAUGAUAGGGUGUAAAGGGUUAACACGAACACAUGUAGUGGCCAGUGGCGAAUGCAAAGGGAGAACACGAGAGAGGGAAGGGUGGGGGAAGUUUUUGGCUUCUCAUCUUGUGUAGUAAUCCUCCAUGACGAGCUUCAGCAUUUUGAAGCUACAACUGACGCCCAAACGACAACCUUAAUACCUUUGUUGUGCACGUGGCUGUUAGGAAGGUACUUAUGGGAUGACGUUUAUUAUUAUGUAACCGUGGGUUAUCUUGGGAAUCACUCUGAAGUGCUGAAAAUAUAGUAUUUCUUUUUUUUAUAUAAAGUGUUUUGCUCUAUAAUUUAUGUUUUGCUAACUUUCAUUUUCUUCAUAGAGUUCAACUGAGUACCUUGUAAUGGCUUCACUGUCGAAAAUUUUCGCCGCAACAGCGACAUAUCCUUAUCAAGUGGUUAGAGCAAAACUUCAGGUUAGAAUGGGAGAUUCAUUAGCAAAUUAUUAACCUUUUGACAUAGAUUUAGAUUUCGUUUUACUGUUGUAUGCUAUUCUCUUGAAAUAAACUUGUAGUUUAAGGCUGUUUUUAGUUUUCAGGCCGGUGAUCUCAUGGGUUGGUUUACUGGACUCCAGUUUGAUGUGGCCUGUGCUCGGGCCUCGAGCCUCAGCUAGGUCAUUGUGUCGGUUCCUUGGGAAAAGAUUCGUUAGCACCACACAUCCCCCCUCCCAGUCUUUCAAAUGGGCACCAACAAAAGGCCAGGGAAACCCUAAAAUGAGGAUAAAUACCAAAUCUCACGAGGGAGAGUAGCUUUCACCCUCUUUCACUCUCUCUAUUCCUCUUAAGAAACACGGAUCCAAGAUGGUUAUGAGAACGCUCGGCGCGAAAGUUUUGAUCCUGUGCCCAUAAAAUUAGCUAAAACCAAUUGAGUAUAUCUGGAGCUGUCUCUAAGCAAGUCUGUUUUGUUAAAUCGUUCAGUAUUUACUGUUUCUUGCUGUCAUUUAUUGUUCAUGAAUUUUACUUUUCUAAAGAAUCAGUACACGAUGGUGGAAUACAAAGGCGCGUUGGAUGUGAUUAGUAAGACUUUCAGGUAAGUUGGAACUUGACAUGAGGACUUAAAGCUUUCGAUACGUUAUAAACUAGCUUUCCAUCUCUAGUCAGUUCAAACCCUCUACAUUAAAGAGAGGUACAUGUUUUGCCCGUUUGAAACAAUUUGACAAAGAAUUGGACCAAAAUUGGUGGAGAACUGAAACCAGCUUGUUUGAGAACUGGAUCCAAUUUCGGAUUGACUUACGGCUUAGUGGUAAAGUCCACAUUUUUAUGAAAGAAAGUAUUCUUCUUUUUCUGGCCUCUCCUCACGGCAGGUUCUUUUCAAAAUCUUAGGCAUGAAGGAGUAACAGGAUUUUAUAAAGGAUUAAUUCCCAGUGUCCUCAGGUAAGGCUAAAUGUUAAAAAUAAAUUUGAUGAUACGAGUAGAUUUGCUUGUUAGUUUUAUGUAUUACACCCAUUCCACAAAAAGUGGGCCCAAUGUCACUUGGAAAAUCGAAAAAAAUCAGUUUCACAGAAAGUACGUGGCGAAUCAUUCAAUUUAAAGCGCAAAUAUCGAAGAGUAAAUACCUCAAAAAUUAGCACCAAAGGUCAUAUAUUUCCGUAGUUAUGAAACAUUUUAUUGUACUUACUUGAAAAUCACUUUAGGCAAAAAAAUCACCGAUCUUUAAAAUAAUUUUCCACUUUUUUAAGUUCUCGUUUUUAAGUUAUUCAAAAUCAACGUAGUAUAUACUUAAUACAGGGCAACAUGUAAAUAAAAAUCAUACUAUUAAAGUGCUCUGCUCCUACAAAGAAGAAAAUAUAGAGAUCUUAGGGUUAGGGUUAGGGUUAGGGUUACUGAACUUUACCAUCAAAUGGGGCACUUUUUCAGCUUCUUUAGAGGCACUCCGGGUUUGACGUUUUUGAGUGGAUGAAGCUUCUGCUGCUCUUUCGAUGGCACACUGUUUUUCUUUCUGUUCUUUCCGGUAUUUUUCCACCCGGGCUUUUUGGUCCAGUCUUCGCUUCUUAAGGGCAUUGUCAUCCAAAUUUGCAGCAGGUAUGUAGGCUUUUCUUUUUCUUGUCCUCUCUCUUUCCACGUAAUCUCUCCCUUCUUUCUGUUUUUGCCUUUCACGGUAAGCCUUUUGAAUCUCUGCACGACUUUUUGGCAUCUGCGAUCGUGUGAAGAGUAGGUCCAAUUAUGUCACGCAACGAUUCAGUUUUAUUAUUUAAAUACGCCGUUUAAAAUUGGUUUAUUCAUAAAUAUCUCUAAACGCCUACAGCUUAAACAUUUAGAUAUGAUUAUUUUUACGAUAUAUUCUACUCUGAUGUUCAAAAUUUUCAUUCUUGUGACUCCAAAACCCGUUUUAAGGCCCUAACAAGCCACUUCCAGUUUUUGUAACUUCCGUUACAUUUUUACUGUCUGACAGAAAACGAGGCUUUUAGCCAAAAGAAAACGUCAAUGCAAAUAAAUUUUGUAUGUACAUCAUAUUGAUACUACUCACCUUUGGAUUUUGUCAAUUUCGAUGAACGACUGACAAUGAAAAAUUGAGAAAUUUGUAACAAACGCUUCGGUCUUGGCGAAUGUGUCGCAAUACGGCAACGGAGGGGUUGUUGCGUAACACUGGAAUGUCAAUAAUGUCAGUCAUGUUUAUUUUGCCGCGACUUUAGACAGCCAGAUGAUGUUCCAAAGUGCAACUCAACCAAAGGACGCGUAUUUAAGAUAUUCCAAAAUAAAUGGUAACGGAAGUUACAGUAACGGAAGUUACAGUUUGAGAUCUUUUGUGCCUCCACUUCUUUCCAAGACACAAGCCAGUUAAUAUAAGUCUGUGAGCUUACUGAUUGUAGGUACCUUCGUACUUGCACAGAACAUUUUGAAGCAAAGGAACUUUUGUUUUCGCUAAACACUGGUAACGGAAGUUACAUUCUUAACCAUACGGUGCUCUUCGGCCUCAUUCAAAGGGAAGUCUAUCAUUGCCACUUGUAGAAAAGGAGGUGAUGACUUAAAAUAUUGAAACUGCGAUGAAACAAUAAGUAAUUGACGGUAAGAAGAGAUUAUACAGGGAUUUCUAACGCAGUUAAAUUACUUUUUCUUAUUUCGGUAACGGAAGUUACAAAGAAUUUGUGGACAUCAAUUCUGUGACUACUAAAAUCGGACUAAUGCAGUGCACUAUGAAACAUCAAAAUUUAUUUUAAGUUCAUUUACUAUUGGACGGUUUACACAUAUCGAAUGUUUACCCGGGGAUCAUUCAGAGGUUUAUAAUCAAGAUGUUUGUUCUACCGUUCCAUCGUGGACACUGAAAAAAAGUACUUUUAGGGGGUUUUGAGCUCCAAAUGCAAAAAAAUGGUAUAAGAUACAUACGACUUUGCAUUUGGGGCUUUGAACUUACCAUGUCUACUCUACCUGGGCACUAAAAAUGUACGGCUAUAACUUUUCUUGUGGCCUCCGCAAAACAAAGACAUUGAAAAUGGCUAUUGGGCCCACUUUUUGUGGAAUGGGUGAUUAAACCGCAAUGUAUAAUCUAGAAUUGGCCAAGAGGGCUUAGUGGGCUCUCAUCUUUAAUUUUAGGUAGCGCUUUGUAAAGGAAAGGGUCUUAAGAGAUGGGGUACCCCCAUAAGGUGUUUGAACCUAUUUGCACCCUCUAGUCUGUGAGAAACUGGGAAGAAGAGACAGGCGAUAGAUACAUUAAGAGCCUAUAAAAUUCGGAGUAGGUGUCAUGUCAUUGUUUUCGUCAGUUACAUGUUCGAAUACUGUGAAAUUAUUAAGAUACUUAUCGUUAUCACAAAAUGUUUGUGCCCCACCUGAUAUGUUAGUGUAGGUUUUAGCGGUUUUUUUGUUUUUGGAAAUCCAGCAAAGGAGCGCUUUAGAAGAAACCCUGAAACUGUAAUAUAUGUAAAACGUUCAUUGUCGAUUUUACUGUGUAUUGUGCGUUUGAUUGUUGAUUUUGUUUCUUUCUAGAGUAACGCCAGCAUGUGCACUUACAUUUGUGGUGUACGAAAACGUUAUUCACUUCCUUCUGCCGGACAGAUGA